AUGGACAAAGAAGACAAAUCUACUCACUCCCAAACUGAUGUACUCAUCAUCGGUGCUGGGCCAUCCGGCCUGAUGGCAGCGUACUGGAUGGCUCGCUGUGGAGUCAACGCACGCAUUAUCGACAACCGUGACACGAAAGUCUUCCUAGGCCAUGCAGACGGCCUUCGUGCACGCACGCUGGAGUUGUUCGAUAGCAUGGGUUUCCAACACCGUGUUAUACAAGAGGGAUCUAUCUCCACCGAGGCGAACAUUUGGGUCCCCGGUCCGCAGGGAAAGCUUAUUCGACAGGCUCAGAUUAACAUCUUUAGGGUCGACGAGUCGCCCUUCCACAAUACACGUUUGAACCAGGGACGCAUUGAGCGAUUCAUUCUCGAUAGUAUUCGGGAGCACUCAGAUCUUGACGUGGAACGGAGCGUGAUCGCCGAUUCUUUGGAAUAUGACGAGGCAUUGAGUAAUGAUCCCGACUCGUAUCCUAUCACUGUCAAGGUCCGAGUCCUUGGCGAAGAUGAUUCGAGUGCGCCGUGCGGCCAGGAAACAGAAGCUGAGUCCGAAGCUGCUGGCAACGAGGUGAGCCGCAGUAACUUGCUUCGUGAUGACUGGGCCGAUCUAGCCCCGCGUAAAAAACCGCAGAAGACGCAGGUUGAGACUAUUAAAGCCAGGUACCUGAUCGGAUGUGAUGGUGCCCACAGCUGGACGCGGAAACAGCUAAACAUCCCCGUUGAAGGGUCUAACACGGACCAUAUAUGGGGCGUGAUAGACGUGAUACCCCUCAGCGACUUCCCGGACAUCCGCCGCGUAAGCGUAGUGAACAAUGCCGCAGGCACAAUCCUCGUAAUUCCACGCGAGCGCGGCUUAGUCCGCUUCUACGUCCCCGUGCAAACCUGCGAGGCGGGCACCACCGACCGAUUCGACCGCUCAAAAAUCACGCCGGAGCUAAUCAAGGCGCGUGUGCAAGCCAUCUUCGCUCCUUUCACCUUCGACUUCAAAGAAUGUAGCUGGUGGACCGUCUACCAAGUCGGGCAGCGGAUCGCCACACAGUCCACAAAGGACAACCGGAUUUUCCUUGCCGGUGACGCAGUGCACACGCACUCACCUAAGAUGGGUCUUGGGAUGAAUAUGAGUAUGCAGGAUGGGUUCAAUGUUGGCUGGAAGAUUGCUCUUGUUGUGGCAGGUGCUCUCAAGCCUGAGGUUCUUGAGACUUAUGCUUCGGAGAGACACCCGCUUGCGGAAAUGCUACUUGACUUUGAUCGUCAUUGGUCGCCUAUGUUUACUGAUCGGAAGUCUGGAGUGGCGGAUACGAAAGCUUCAGAUAUGGCCCUUAUUGCGGGGAAGUUUGAGGACUUUGCUGAUGGGUGGAAGGUCUUUUACCCUUCGAGCAGUCUUGUCCGGAAGGCUGAAGAGAAUGCUGAAUUUGCUUUUGCACGGCUUAUGAUUCCUGGGGAAAGAGUCCGGCCGGUGAAGCUCCGCAAUCAGACUGAUGGCGGUACACAAUGGACAACAAGAUCCUUGGAAAGCGAUGGACGCUUCUGCCUUCUAGUUUUAGCUGGGGAUAUACGAAACCCAAUGCAGAAGCAACGCAUUGAGACCUUGACUCGGGUUUUGGCUGGACACUCUGGAUCAAACAAUUCACCCCUGAGCCGCUACUUAGAGAUUCCUGGUCGAUUCAAGAGUCCUAUUGAUACACUCACCAUCCAUGCUUCACCGUGGAAAGAGGUAGAAUUAUUUGACUUCCCAGAGGUUCUAUGUCCGUUCGAUCCGGUGAAAGGAUGGGCAUAUGACAAGAUUUGGUGUGAUGAUGCUUGUAUAUUUGAUCGAUAUUGUGAUGGAACAGCAUAUGAGAAGUGGGGAGUUGACCGGGUUCUUGGGGCGCUGGUGGUCGUUCGCCCGGAUCAAUAUAUCGGAUGGGUAGGUGAACUAGGAGAUGUGGAGGGAUUGACGCGAUACUUGGAUGGAAUUCUUGUGAGGAAGUCGCCGACAUAUGAAAUUGACCCAGUCCUCUAG